GGGGGGGUGUGGGGUGGGAAGAGCUGGUGGCCCGCAGACCCAGUGGGGAGGCUCCCAUGGGCCAGUGCCCCCUCACCUGCCCCGAGUGCGGGAAGCGCUUCCAGAGCAAAGCUGCCCUCCAGACUCACUGGCGGAUCCACACAGGGGAGCGGCCCUUUGCCUGUGCCGAGUGCGGGCGGCGCUUCACUCAGCGGCAGCACUUGGCCAGCCACCUGCAGGUGCACGGGGGAGAGCACCCCUUCAUCUGUGCCACCUGCGGCUGCACUUUCCGCCUGCAGAAGCUGCUCCUGACGCACCAGCGGAAGGCUCACGCUGGCCAGCCGCCCUUGGCGUGCGCCGACUGUGGCAAGCUCUUCAACCACAAGCACCACCUGAUGACACACCAGCGGGUGCACACUGGCGAGCGCCCCUUCCCGUGCCCGGACUGUGGCAAGAGCUUCACCCAGAAGCACCACCUGCAGACCCACCGGCGGAGCCACUCAGGGGACCGCCCCUUCCCUUGCGCCACGUGUGGCAAGACCUUCAAGGACCGCACGGGCGUCCUGAUGCACCAGAUUGUGCACACCGGCGCCAAGCCCUUUGCCUGCCAGAGCUGCAGCAAGAUCUUCAGCCACAAGCACCACCUCGUGAUCCACCAGCGCGUGCACACCGGCGAGAAGCCCUUCUCCUGCACUGUGUGCGGGAAGCGCUUCACCCAGAAGCACCACCUCUUGAGCCACGAGCGCAUCCACACGGGGGAGCGGCCCUACCACUGCCCGGAGUGCCCCCGCAGCUUCAAGGACAGGAUCACCCUCAAACUCCACGUGCGCCUCCACACGGGCGAGAAGCCCUUCUCCUGCACCCACUGCGCCGAGAGCUUCCGGCUGCGGAAGGCGCUGCUCUCCCACCAGCGGGUCCAUGACACCCCUGCCCACCUCAUCUGCACAGAGUGCGGGGAGAGUUUCCUGCGCAUGCGCAGUUUGGCCAGCCACAGGCGGCAGGUGCACCCCUCGGCCCCAAAGGAAGCACCCUCCUCUUCCUCCUCCUCCCCCCAGGCUGAGUCGGGCAGUGAAUCAUUCUGCACCCCUGAGUCUGAGGGGGAGAGGCUGCCCCACCCUGGCGAGGAGUCCCUGGUAGGUCUGCUGGCUCCAGAGAAGCCCUCGCUCUGA